AUGGCUCCCACGGUCUGCAGCGGCUUGGACCGGGUGGAGGCGGAGGCCCAGGGGAGGGACCUGAGGGGCCCCUGCCCAGCCCCUUCACGCCCUGACCCCCAGCUCGGCCCCGCCUCGCCAUUUGCGCCCGCGGGGCUGAUAAAUGGCCCGUGCGCCACGCGCGCUCAGUCGGGCUCAGCUGCAGCUCACGCCUGGGCGCUUCCCCCUUCCCGCCUCUCAGCUCUCCUAACGGUGGGGCCUCCACCCAUGGAGGAGGAGCAGACGUACCUGGAGCUCUACCUGGACCAGUGCACCGCCCAGGAUGAUCUCGCUCCACCUGGGUCACCGCUGCUCAGCCCAGUUGUACCUAAUGAUGGGUACAUACCUAAUACAUCCAAUUCAGAGAUUGUGUUUAAUUCACAUCUUCAAGAAGUCAAAGGAGCAUCUGGCCAUUUCUCAUCUGUGGAUUUUAGCUUCCUACCAGAUGAACUUACCCAAGAAAGUAAAGACCAGAGUGUUAUUAGAAGCAAGCAGGACAUCGAAGAAAAUGGUAAAACUCAAAGUCAGCAAAGUAGGUUGUCAUUACCCAGAGAACAGGACAUGGGUCUGAGGUUAAUCAGUGACAGCACUUUGUCAAAGUCCCAUUCACAAGCAUACCCUGGUGAUGCUGACUCAGUCCAGCCCUCUCCUGAGAAACCAAACUCCACGCCUCUGAUGUCCAUAACUCCCAUGACACCAGUGACCCCUGUUUCAGAAUGUUCUGGAAUUGUGCCUCAACUACAGAAUAUAGUUUCCACUGUAAACCUUGCCUGUAAAUUGGAUCUGAAGAAAAUAGCUUUGCAUGCAAAAAAUGCAGAGUAUAACCCAAAGAGGUUUGCUGCUGUCAUAAUGAGGAUCCGAGAGCCCAGGACCACAGCCCUCAUAUUUAGCUCUGGGAAAAUGGUCUGCACAGGAGCCAAAAGUGAAGAGCAGUCUCGACUUGCUGCGAGGAAGUAUGCUCGUGUGGUGCAGAAGCUUGGGUUCCCGGCCAGAUUCCUCGAUUUUAAAAUACAGAACAUGGUUGGAAGCUGUGAUGUGAGAUUUCCCAUCAGGCUGGAAGGUUUGGUGUUAACCCAUCAGCAGUUCAGUAGUUAUGAACCUGAACUUUUUCCUGGCCUUAUUUAUAGAAUGGUAAAACCACGAAUUGUGUUGCUUAUCUUUGUAUCUGGAAAAGUUGUGUUGACAGGUGCCAAAGAACGUUCUGAGAUCUAUGAAGCAUUUGAAAACAUCUAUCCUAUUCUAAAGGGUUUUAAAAAAGCCUGA